AUGUUUCUAGCCAAUAGCAAGUCGCUCUUAGAAGAAGAAGAAGAAGAAGAAGAAGAGCAACCUCGGUUCAGACACCAGAAAUCUAAACGACGUCGGAUCUCAACCCCUGUUUUAGACUUUGCCGUAGCAAACAACCCAUACAUCAGCGAGUGGGUAGGGAAGCUGCCCGACUCCUUUCCGGCAGACAUGACACCUCGGCAUCGGCUUGCGGAGAAGAAAUCUUCUGCCUCUCUUCGGCGAAAACGGUCUGAUUCUUCUAGUAGUACAACAUCUGUAGUACCCAGCGAUCAAAAGUCAAGAGAUGGAAAGUCGGCUAUUUAUGCUCAAAAAGGCUAUCAAAUGCUUCUCAAGAUAGCGGGUGUGCUUCUGGAAUCGGAGCUUCCUGUCUCUGAUGACAGCGAGAUCUUUGUCAAAGCUUUCUCAAGACGAAGUGCAGCAUUCCAGAAGACACUCUUCUUAGCGACGACAGCUAUCGCGAAACGAUCGAAGAUUUGCAAGAGAGGAAUGAGUCACGGGUGAUUCAAGAUGUUGGUCGGCUCUAUGUUCCAUCGGUACAAACAUUGGCGAAGAGGGGUGAGGAUCGCUUUCGAGUGUUUGUUGAAAGCGUGAACGAAGCUUGGGACUGCUGUUAUCCUCUCGUCGAUCCACGGCCGCAACCCGACUACGCAGUUGGCUUCGGAAGAUCUGGUCUUACAGAAGCUCGCAUCAAGAAACUUCAGCCCUUGAUCCGAGACGACCCAACAUUUCAAUCAGAUUAUACGGCAACGUACUACAUGUACUUCCCCUUUUUUGCCGCUGAGGUGAAAUGCGGCACAUCGGGACUUGUCAUUGCAGAUCGCCAAAAUGGGCACACCAUGGGUGUAUGCAUAAAUGGCAUUCUCUCGAUCUAUCGACUUUCUGGCAAG